AUGGAUGGUUUACAUGAGAUCCAACUCUUUCGUGGCAGUAUUGGUGAGUCGUGUGGCUUGAGAAGACAUGUGGUUGCUGUAAAGGAGAAUACUUUGAUGCAUUUGAAGUUCAAAGUAGGACAAAAUAGUUGUAAAAAUGAUCUUGAUCACCAUUGUUCCUUCAAAGCGAAAAAACAUGGGUACGACUAUCAGCAAAUCAUGCUUGAGCUUGCCUCUAUCUCAGUGAAGGUAACUUGGUCGAACUUGCAAAAGUAA